ACGAGUGUGUUUGGCCAGCUAAUGAGCAGAACCAGGGGCCCGGUUGAAUCAGUUUCGAAUUAGUGCUGAUCGGCUUCGGUUGUCCGGUGGAUUUUUCAAUAAGAGUUGACUCCUCGAUUCGCCACCAUCAUGCUGAAGCGUGUUUCCUUUGCCGUUUUCGUUUUCGGGCUGGUUCUGGUCGCGGUUCAGAGCAUCAAGGUCGACUAUUAUGGGUCCCUAUAUCGUCCGGAUGAGCUGCACGCUCCCUACAAGAGCCCAAAGGAACAGAAACAGGACUUCAGCAAGAUUCCCGGUGUUCCUGGAGUAGACUACCCAAUCUACCAUUCGGUCCCGGAAACCAGCUUCAGCUGCGCCCAUGUUCCAGCCGUUCCCGGAAUGUACGCCAACGUAGAAACCGGAUGCCAGGCCUAUCACACCUGCCACGAUGGCCGGGAGGGACACCAGGGUGCUUCCUUCCUCUGCACCAACGGAACCAUCUUCAACCAGAAGGAGUUUGCCUGCGAUUGGUGGUACAACGUCAAGUGUGAGGAAGCCCCAGCUCUGUACCGUCUGAAUGCCGACCCGGAACAUAAUCCCUUCGUGCCAAAACCGAAACCGGAAGAUGAACUGCACAAAAAGUUUUUGAUCCAUGUUUAACAAUAAAAACGAAACUAUGUUGACCUUUUAAUGCUCUUUGCUCUUUUGUAUAGUUAAUUGUUUUUCGUUGUUUUAAUUUUUCGAGCAAUAAUGCUUUUGUAAAUACUCAGUCUCUAUUCAUGAUUAUUACUGAAAAUAAAUCAAAUUCAAGAUUUUAAA